ACAUAUGUAAACAUGCGACAAAUCCUGGCAGCUAAUCGCGACCAAGCUAAACGGCUCCGUGACAUGUGUUAAAUCUCACGGUGACUCUUUCUUCUGAAUAGUUUGAUAUUACGCUCCAGUGUUGGAGUGUUAGCAGGUCAAACCGCAGUUUGUGAGUUAUCACCGAGCCGGGGAGGCUAACUCCAUCGUGCUAACGCUAGCUAGCAGCAGAGAGCCAUGCCUGCUCCUCAGACCAUAUUCGUCGCCUCUCUUCCAGCCUCGGCCUCGAACCAGCGGCUUGAGGAAAUCUUCUCAGAGGUCGGUCCGGUGAAGCAGUGCUUCGUGGUCAGAGAGAAAGGUACAGAAACAUGUCGGGGCUUUGGGUAUGUCACAUACGCUUUGGAGGAGGAUUCCCAGCAAGCUAUGAAAACAAUAAAAGACUACGACGGACAGAGGAUCUCUCUUUCGGUGGCCAAGCAGAAAAUAAAAGACAAAAAGAAAACAGCUAAACCACCGGCUACAGAACCAGGUAAAGAACCAGCUAAAGAACCAGCUAAAGAACCAGCUAAAGAACCAGCUAAAGUACCAGAAAAAGUACCAGAAAAAGUACCAGCUAAAGUACCAGCUAAAGUACCAGCUAAAGUACCAGCAAAAGUACCAGCUAAAGUACCAGUUAAAGUAACAGCUAAAGUACCAGCUGAAGUACCAGGUAAAGAACCAGCUAAAGCUCCGGCUCCUAAAGUGAACGAGGAGGGAUCUAAAGGCUUCAGGAAGUCACUACUGAAAGCAAAGCUCAUCAUCAGGAACCUCAGUUUCAAGUGUUCAGAAGAUGACCUGAAGCAGGUGUUUUCCAAGUUCGGAUCAGUUCUUGAGUCCAAAAUUCCCCUAAAACCUGAUGGGAAGAUGCGAGGAUUUGCAUUCGUCUUGUUUAAAAACGUGUCUCAGGCAGCAAAAGCUCUUCAGAGCAUGAACCUCAAGGAGAUAAAAGGGAGGCAGGUAGCAGUUGACUGGGCUAUACCUAAGGACAAAUACCUUGCCACACUGCCACAAUCCUCCAGUGCAGGAAAUAAAACUACAGAGGCAGCAACUGUAAAACCUUCAGACCCAGAAAGUGAACCUGAAGAUGAUGAUGAGGAGGAGGAGGAAGAGGAGGAGGAAACAAAACCAGCUCCACCAUCAAAGAAAAAAGUCGCCUCUAAACCAGCUGUGCAGCAGGUAGAGGAAUCCCAAUCAGAGGAUGAUGAUGAUGAUGAGGAACAAGACAGUGAAGAGGAGCAUGAGGAGGAUGAUGAUGAUGAUGAUGAUGAUGAUGAUGAUGAUGAUGAUGAUGAUGAUGACAAAGAUAAUGAUGAUGAUGACAAAGAUAAUGAUGAUGAUGAUGAUGAUGAUGAAGAGGAUGAUCAUGAUGAUGGCAGUAGUCUCGAUUCAAAUGAGAGUCAAGAUGAAGAAGACGAGGAGUCUGAAGGAGAGAAAGCAGCCAAAAGGAAAGCAAAAAAUAAACUUCUCCCAUCUGAUGUUAAAGAGGGCAAAACAAUUUUCAUCAGGAACCUGUCCUUUGACACAGAGGAAGAAGGUCUUGAGGAAGUUCUCCUGAAGUACGGAGAACUUAACUACAUCAAGAUAGUUCUCCACCCGGACACCGACCAUUCCAAAGGUUGUGCAUUUGCUCAGUUUAAGAUUAAAGAGUGUGCAGACAAGUGCAUAGCUGCAUCAGAAGAUCAGGCCGAGAAUGGCGGUGUGCGUGUGGACGGCAGAAAGCUGUUGAUUGUGGCAGCAGUGACCAGAGAGGAUGCUUCCAAACUGAAGGUCGAUAAAGUGAAAGUAGAAUCAGGCACCAGGAACCUGUACCUGGCCAGAGAGGGAUUGAUCAGAGCUGGAACCAAGGCUGCAGAGGGUGUGCCUGAAGCAGACAUGAUCAAAAGAACCAGAUUUGAAGAAAUAAAGAGGACCAAGCUUCGGGACAUUGGUGUGUUUGUAUCGAAGAAUCGUCUGUGUAUCCAUAACCUGCCCAAGUCGGUCAACGAUAAAAAACUCAGAGAGCUCUGCCUUGAAGCCAUAAAGGGUGGGAAGGGGGUGCGCAUCCCAGAGUGUCGGGUGAUGUAUGAUAGGAAGCCUGAGAAGGGAAAGCCGAUGGGACAGUCGUUAGGUUACGGCUUUGUCCAGUUCCAGGAACAUGAAUAUGCUCUCAAAACACUUCGUUACCUCAACAACAACCCUGAUAUCUUUGGGUCUCACAAGAGACCUGUUGUUGAGUUCUCCCUGGAGGAUUCAAGGAAACUUAAAAUGAAGGAAUUGCGACAACAAAAGAACAAGCAGUUUACCCAAAAUCGUCCCAAUCAAGGAGGAGCUAAACCUCAGGCAGCAGCUGGUGGACAAGGGCCGAGGGUAGGAGGAAGUAAACCACAGUCGUCAUCAGAGCUGGCAGGAAAGGAGACGGCUCCACCUCAAAACCAGAAGAAGGACAAACUCUUCUCCGGUUUCCAGACCAAACCUGAGGUUGAACACGUUUCUCUGGAGAAUGGAAAGAAACGAAAGAAAGUCCUGAACUUACCUUCUCAUCGUGGACCUAAGAUCAGAUUGCGUGAUAAAGGAAAGCAGCAAGGCCCACCCCCCAAGAAAGCGAAAACUGGAGCCACCAGAAAAGAGCUUCAAAGAAAAGAGCCUCAAAGACAAAUGGAAAAGCCCAUGCAGUCCAGAAGCCAGAUUAAAGCAGCUAAAAAGCCUUUCAGGAGGGACGGGGACCGCUUCGACAGCCUGGUGGAGCAGUACAAGAAGAAGCUGAUCGGCAACAGUGACAAGAACAGCAACAACAAAAGAAACAAGUGGUUUAAUUGUUAAUUAUGUGUGUGUGAGUAUGAGUGUGUGAGUGAGUGAGAGAGAAAUUUCCUUGACUCUUAGAAGAUGCUUUUUGAAUCUACAUUUUACAUGUUGAGGAUUUAAAGUAAAUGCGGUGGUUCUUCAUACAUUCGUUUUGUGUCGGCUCAACCAGUUUCUCAUGUGUUAAACUGAACCAUCCCCUAACUUCAGUCACCCUGCUCCUGCGCGUCUGGAAUACAAGUUCAUGUUGUUGCAUUUUUCCACUGAAACAAACAAAAUUAUACAAAGAUGGCGUUUCUCUUUGUCCACAUGUGUUUUUAAGAAAAUGUACAAAACCACCCGAAUGUGUGUUUUAUUGUCUUUUUUUGCAUUAAAUCCAGAUUUGUUGCAAGAUU